GUUUUCGCAACUCAAAGCCUUAUCCUCUCAAGCUCCACCUGGAAAUGGCCUCGAUGGUUAUUCUCAGCUCGCUAGCUCAAUCUCCGCUCCGUCUCUUCUCCACCUCUCCGGAGCUUCCUCCGCUCAGCCGAGCCCGCUCGCUUCCUCGCCGGCUCUCGCCUCUUCGUCUCUCCUCGCCGUCGCCGGAGCGGGCCCUCGGACCGCUGGAGGCUCUCUCCGGUUCGCGCUCAGGACGCCAGGGACGAACCCGGAGGCAGCUUUCGAGAAGAGGGAAGUGGCCCGGACUGGCCGAUACUCAAGCGGUGGGACGUGCCGUGGCAAUGGCAGACUGUUUCUCUCACCUCGCUCGCCUGCGGAGCAGUUUUGUUUUGACAGGAUUGGUGGAGACCGCAGCGAUACCGUACCUCGGGCUUCGACUCGAGGAGCUGAGCUUAGAUGAGAAGGCAGAGAUCCUCUUUGUUGACCAAAGUAUCACAACUGCAGCAGUACUUGGAGUUCUUUAUGGCAUCACUCGGACCUUUCAACCAGUUCCUGAAGAUCUUUUCCGCUAUGAUUUGAAGGAGCCUUUCAAUUUGCAGAGAGGUUGGCUCUUGUGGGCUGGAAUUGGUCUUAUUGGUGCCCUACUUGCUGUAGCAGUAACAGGGUAUGCUAUGUCCUUGUUUAGUGGAGAGACCCCUCAAAGAGAGACAGAUGCUCUGGUUCGCUUGCUUCCGUUGAUUGGUUCAUCAGGUGUCAGCACCGCUUGCCUGUUGGGCAUCACGGGCGUCCUUGCUCCAUUCCUCGAAGAGACUAUAUUCCGAGGAUUUUUUAUGGUGUCCCUAACAAAAUGGGUUCCUACUCCAGUGGCUGUCCUAAUAAGUGCUGCUGUGUUUGCGCUUGCACAUCUCACUCCUGGAGAGUUUCCUCAACUCUUUGUUCUAGGGACGGCUUUAGGACUUUCCUAUGCUCAGACUCGCAACCUCAUCACACCCAUCACAAUCCAUUCUCUUUGGAAUUCUGGAGUCAUUCUACUUCUUACCUUCCUUCAGCUGCAAGGAUACGAUAUAAAGGAAUUGUUGCAGGCGAGUUGAUAGAGUUUUCUUCUUAAGACCAUGAAGCCAUAUAAUUUCUUCGCUUUGUUUCCUCCAAGUGCACCAUCGGCAACUUCUGUUCUUUUCCUUCGUUCCAUGAAAAGCUAAGUCAAUAUGUGGAGCAAGGCGACAUCAUAGCCAACUGAUGCAGAGCAGGUCCGCUGCUUUUCUCUUGAAAUUUGGUUAGCCAUGAAAAAAGGAUACGGUAGUUUAUGCAAAGAGCUAAAAUUUGGGUUUCAAUGUUUCCUCAGCAAGAAAACGCUCAGGCCAUUGGGGUGUUUUAUGUAGAUAUAAUAUCUGGUGUUGUAUACUUGAGCUGAUUUCUGUGUCCCGUAACAGCCAGUGAGAUCCUUUUUUUUUUGGGGUCUGAACAGCCAGUGAGAUCGUGAGGUGAUUAUAUGUGCUCCUCUUGUUGACGAUACUUGCUGGCAACGAAGACGGAAACCAUGUCUAUCACUACUAUUUCUCGCUGGGACAGUACACACUCUUUGUAAUCAAGUUGAACACAGGCGAGAUAUAAUGCAUGGUCUCUUACAUGUUAUCUUC